UGAGAUUCUAAAAUCCUAUUAGUGCACGACGUAUAAAACGCAUUCGACGCAGAACACGCUAUUUUGAUUCUGAGAUUCAUAGGUAAAGGUUUUAUCAAUUAGUUUUGUACAACACCGUAUAAGCAUACAGUAAUUUACGUGCGGAAUUGUCAUUGUUGGCUACACAAUGAGGAUUCUUGUUGCAAUCCUCGUAUUUGUUGCCCUGACCACUGGCGAAGCUGUCAAGUUGCAGCGGGUAUCUUUGGAAAAAGUUCCUUCAGUACGUAAGACACUGGAGAGUGUCGGCACAUCUGUUAAAGUCAUUCAAAAGAAAUGGGGUGCAUUGGGGAACGGUCCCACUCCUGAAGAACUCAAAAACUACAUGGAUGCUCAAUAUUAUGGGCAAAUCACCCUAGGAACACCACCACAAAAAUUCAAUGUUGUAUUCGACACUGGCUCAGCUAAUCUCUGGGUUCCUUCAACUCAUUGUCACCUGACCAACCUGGCUUGCUUGCUUCAUAACAAAUACAAUGGAGGAAAAUCCAAAACAUACAAGGCCAAUGGCACAGACUUCAGCAUCCAGUAUGGAUCCGGUAAAUUGUCAGGCUACUUGUCAACCGAUACACUGGGCUUGGGCGGAGCUCAGGUGACAGACCAAACUUUUGCGGAAGCUAUUAGCGAACCUUCACUGACAUUCGUCGCAGCCAAAUUUGACGGUAUCUUGGGAAUGUCGUAUCCGACGAUUUCUGUUAACGGAGUUCCUCCAGUUUUCAACAACAUGAUUGAACAAGGAUUGGUAGAGGAACCAGUUUUUUCCUUUUGGCUUAGCAGGAACCCUGAUGCUACGGAGGGAGGCGAAAUUACAUUUGGUGGAGCAGACCCAAAUCGCUACACUGGCGAGAUUAGUUGGGUUCCUGUUACAAGAAAAGCUUAUUGGCAAUUCAAAGUUGAUGGCGUGCAGGUUUCCAAUGAAGCUGAAGGUUCCUUUUGUCAAGGCGGAUGUCAAAUGAUUGCCGAUACUGGGACUUCUCUCAUUGCUGGCCCGGUGGAUGAGAUUAAGAAACUGAACACACUGAUCGGUGGUGUCCCGAUUAUGGCAGGAGAAUAUUAUGUCAACUGCAGCAAAAUUGACGAGCUUCCGACAAUUUCCUUCACCAUUGGAGGGAAAUCAUUCAGUCUAGAAGGAAAGGAAUAUGUUUUACAGAUUGUGAAGUCAAAUGGAGUAUCGGCUUGCAUCUCCGGUUUCAUCGGCUUAGAAAUCCCUCCACCCGCUGGGCCGCUGUGGAUUCUUGGGGAUGUUUUUAUUGGUCGAUAUUAUACAAUAUUUGAUUUCGGUAAUAACCGUGUUGGAUUUGCUGAUACAGUUUAACUUUAAUUGUGAUUCUCAUCUGGUAUUUGUACUUGUCUAUAAUGUUUCAGUGAUAACAAUUGAUACAAUAAAUCUAGUUACAAAAUA